AUGGCCAACAUUUGUGCAUCACUCUUCCCUAUCAUCCAUUCCUUUUAUACUUUUAUCUCCUUCUUACUAUCCCAUUCCUCCCUCUUUCUUUGUUUUACUGACUCUUUGAUCUCUCAUUUCAUCUUUUUUCUUGAGCCCUUGCUUUUCUAUUUGCUGUCCCCGCUUGAUUUCUUAUCCUUUCUUUUCCCCUUCCUCUGCUCAUUUCUAAGUUCCUUCUGUCACUUUUACCCUCCAAUUACUCUCACCAUCACCUUCUCUAUUGCUCCCUUUUAUGAUCUUAUUUUUAUUCCAUUUACCCUACUCUGUCCUUGUUUUGUUUACUUUCGACAUCUACCUUAUACCUUUCACCUUUUCCAACGACUUUUGUCCUCUCUGCUCCCCUCCAGUUCUUCUUUUCCUUCUUACCUCUGUAACAUUCAACCUUUAUCCUCUUCCAUUUCUUGUUCUGAUUGUUACCUUCCUUACUUUCUCUCCUCAUACUAUCUCUCAUUUCAACUGACACCUUUUCCUUCUCAAUAUUUUAAAAAUAACCUUCUGGAAGCUUUAACUCCUCAAAUUUCCCUUUCUUAUAUUUUGAUUAAAUGUUCCAUUCAUCACUUCUUCAGUUUUUUUCUCUUUUCUUUAGUGUAUUUUUCAACAACCAUUCAUGUUCUAUCCCCCCCACCGACCUCUCUCAAUUUCUUCACUUCCACUCAUUUCUCCAAUUGUUUUUUGCUUUCUUUUAAAGUCUUUCUAUUCUCCUUUGAUAUUCUCCUCACCUUUUUAGUUCUUUCUCUCACUCCUACUUUUCUCCUUCAUCUUCUCCCUCUAUCUUCAGAACUGCCUCUCCAAUCUCAUUUCUGUCAGCAUAUCUACAAGGUGUCAGCAUUGGCACCGGUGCAGGUGCCAAUCCAUGCAAAAAGUGUUAGUUUUUUUCUCUUUUUCCUAAUGGCUGUCUUGUAUACCCAUCUAUCCUUGUUGUUAUCUACUGAUGUCUCUUCAAUACUGUUAGAGGACAGAGAAUGA